CUACCACAAAAAGCAAAACCAGGCCAUCUCGCUGUGCCUGCGUCUCCACAUCCCCUAGCAAGGAUCAGGGCGGGGGACGGACGAGCGGGAGUUGCAAGCCAACAGAUAAUAUCGGAUGACACUCUGUCGUCGACCUAACUCCGGAGUCAUCGUUCAGGAGACCCAACCGCCAUCGAGUCAGCCAACAGACGGCCGUAAUUGCUUCAGGGACUCCUGGUUUUCCCCGGACUCAGCCAUCUCCGUGCUCGCUUCCCCGGUCAACUGGUUCCCUGCGCCCUCUCUCCCCCGCAUCCGCUGGUUCCCCAUUCCACCCACUCGCCCGCAUGCAACCCCCUUGAUACCCGUUGCAUUAGGGCGUUCUACAGCAGAUCAACGAAUAAGUCCCAAAUUCUCACGAGUCAAGAAUCCUAGGGGCUCUUGGAAUCUUUUGCAUCGGUGCCUGACAGGUCCCGGGGACGGGUAGCAGGCGUCAUCGAACCUCUGAAGUAGCGGGAUUUGACAUCCGUGCAACGGACUUUCAUUCCCCGGACCGGACUUCACCAUUGUAAGCGAGGUUGCAACCAGACCGUAGCAUUCAGAGAAGAGCUGUUAGACAAGAUCGCU